AUGGGGCCUGUGGGGGAUAGAGUGUUUGGAAGAUGCCAGAGGAUCCCGGUGAUAGACAUAUACCAAUAUGAAGUUUCGCCGGUUGUUCUGCAGCAUCUGAGAGCCACCUUGCAGAAGCUGUCCCUCACAGGUUUCACAUGGCAGGAUGAUUAUACCCAGCAUGUGAUGGCCCAGGAACUCUCAAACCUCCCCAAAAUUUACCUACGACAUCCUGAAGCUUCCACAAGAAAGGCAUCCAACCCUGCCAGGGCCUCAAAACAGAGCAUUGAUAAUGAAAGGAGGUACAACCUGGAAAAUGACAUUACUUUGGCCAAGGCACUUCAUCAAUACCUUCCAUACCUGGGGGUCUUGUCCCAGGCCACGGCUUCAAACAUAUACCCUAGGAUGAAGAAUGACAAACCACCAAUUAAGAGUGAUGAACACUUCCCCGAGAGCGUCCUGACCAACGUGGCUCAAACGUCCAAAGGAAGUAGUUCUGCUCUGACCUAUCCUCCCAUAUCUCGGGGCAAUUACCCAGAGGAUCUGCCGCUACGAACCCUCGGCCCGUUCCAGCCAGAUGAGCUUAGUCCUAAAGUGGACAGCAGCCUGGACACACAGAACCUGAUCGCGGCCCUCAGCGCCUAUGGCGCUCAGAGGCCUGCGCCUCCCGAGGAGGACGACUUGGGGGUGCUGUACCUUCUGCAGGCGCGUUUGAGAGCACUGAGGCCUGUCUCAGCACCCACAGCUUUGCAGAAGUGGCCUUCCGCAUUGGACGAUUCCAAAGAGACCUUCAGCACAGGAGAUGAAGCACUUAUUCAGAAUCUCCUGAAGGACCUGAGAAAGCACCAGGUUAAUGUGGACAAUCUGGGUCUCCUGGAGCUUGAUGAGAUGGCCAAAGUGAUUGCUAAUGCCAUGCAAGGUGGAGAUACCAAAGAGAAUCAGGAGAGCACUGGAAGAGAAGCUGAAGGAAAACCAGGAGAACAGGCAGACAGCUCCAAGGCAGCAUUUUAUGAAAAUGACAAGAAGGGUCCAGAUGAUGAUAAAAUUUAUGAGGAGGUCAAACGCUUAAAUGUCAAACUUGGGGACCUCUUGAAGGAGCACAAGCCCCAAAAGUUGCCUGAAGCUUUCUCUCUUGCAAAGUCCCUUAAAACAGAUAUCAAGAAAUCGGAGGACCCCGAGUCAUCAGAAGAAGAGAAUGUCGGGAUUGAAAAUGUCAAAAGUCAGACUUACUUCAAAGAGCUAUUUGAUAAGAAGCCAAAUUCUGAGCCCAGCGUGGAUAGGCUUGGGGAUUAUCAAAACUGGAAUCCAGGAGCUUUGAAGCAAGAUGAAAGCCUUCAAGUAGAAUCUCAACAGCGCCCAGGUAUGGGCCUGCAAUUAGAAGUCAAAUCUUCUGAUGAGGAGGAAUAUGGCUACAUUGUGACCGAAAACGACCCCCUGAGCCUGGAAAAGGGAAAGAAGUUGAUAGAGGACACAGCACAUCUCCUGAAGGUACCGAUAAGCACUUUUGCAGAUAUCGGUGUCCUUGGGCCUGCUGUGAUGUGGAAAUUAUCAAACAAUAUCAUUAAUAUCACAUGCAAAGACAUUACCAAAUCCAUCAUUGACAAUAAAGACAAACUUGAAGAAACCUCUGGACUGAAAAUUCUUCAAACUGGAAUUGGGGCAAAAAGCAAGCUCAAGCUUCUGCCUCAUCAAGUAGAGCAAGAAGAUUCCACCAAGUUCGUGGUCCUAACCCUGAUCUCCAUUGCAUGCAUCAUUGGGGUCCUCUUGGCUUCAGGGGUCAUCUACUGCCUGCGCCAUAGCUCUCACUACAAACUGAAGGAGAAGCUCUCAGGACUAGGGGGGGACCCGGGCUCAGAUGCCACCACUGCUUACCAGGAGCUGUGUCGGCAGCGCAUGGCCGUGAGGUCUUCAGAGCGCCCGGAGCCCCUGCACACUUCCCGUAUCAAUAGUGUCUCCUCUCAGUUCAGUGAUGGGCCGAUGCCCAGCCCCUCGGCUCGGAGCAGCACCUCGUCCUGGUCAGAGGAGCCGGUUCAGUCUAACAUGGACAUCUCCACCGGUCACAUGAUUCUGUCCUACAUGGAAGACCACCUGAAGAACAAGAAUCGCCUGGAGAAAGAGUGGGAAGCGCUAUGUGCCUACCAGGCAGAGCCCAACAGCUCCAUGGUGGCACAGAAGGAAGAGAAUAUGCAGAAGAACCGUUCUUUGGCUGUGCUGACGUAUGAUCACUCCAGGAUACUACUGAAGCCGGAAAACAGCCACAGCAACUCUGACUAUAUCAACGCCAGCCCCAUUAUGGAUCAUGAUCCUAGGAAUCCUGCAUAUAUUGCAACCCAAGGACCACUUCCUGCUACUGUGGCUGAUUUUUGGCAGAUGGUCUGGGAGAGCGGCUGUGUGGUUAUUGUCAUGCUGACGCCCCUCACGGAGAAUGGAGUCAAACAGUGCUACCACUACUGGCCAGAUGAAGGCUCCAACCUCUACCACAUCUAUGAGGUAAAUCUGGUCUCUGAGCAUAUCUGGUGUGAGGAUUUCCUAGUAAGAAGCUUUUAUCUGAAGAAUCUCCAGACCAAUGAGACACGAACCGUCACCCAGUUCCAUUUCCUUAGUUGGUAUGACCAGGGCGUUCCUUCUUCCACGAGGUCGCUUCUGGAUUUCCGCAGAAAAGUAAACAAGUGCUACAGGGGCCGUUCUUGUCCAAUAAUUGUUCAUUGCAGUGACGGUGCAGGAAGAAGCGGCACCUACGUGCUGAUUGACAUGGUUCUCAAUAAGAUGGCCAAAGGUGCUAAAGAGAUUGAUAUUGCGGCGACCCUGGAGCACUUGAGAGACCAGAGACCAGGCAUGGUCCAGACAAAGGAGCAGUUUGAGUUUGCGCUGACCACGGUGGCCGAGGAAGUGAACGCAAUACUCAAGGCCCUUCCACAAUAA